AUGCCCAACAUGAAAGCUCAUCAUUCAUCAUCAAGGAAUUUUGUGAUGAUGUUCUUAUUGAUGACAAUGAUGGUAUUUUGUUAUCAUUGGAGUGUUGUUGUGGCAUCGAAUGAUGAAAGAUUUAAUUUAUUGACAAAGUGGAUGAGAGAAGAGGAACAUUCGGAGGUGAAUGAUAAUUUAUUUGAAAUUAAACAAGUGGUUGAUUUUGGAAAGGCACUUGUUGCCACUAAAGAUAUUAAACAGAAUACAAUUUUGUUUAAAUUAAAACAAGAGACCUUGCUGGAUUCGAAAUUUAUAUUUGAAAAAUUAUUUAAACAUGAGAAUGCCAAGUCAUUGGAUACUUUAAAGAGAUUACAGGAAGGGGAUUUGUCAAUUUUUAAUGCAAUGGUUUUGAUGAUUGUUUAUUUAUUUAAUUUGGCUCAAUCAAGCAAUCCUGAAAUGAAGUUUGAUGCUGAUGCUGUCAAAUUCACUCCAUAUAUUGGAUCUCUACCAAGACCAUUUCGUGAUGAAGGUCCAAAAGUAGCAUUCCUUUUUGGUGGAGAAGAAUUAACAUUAUUGAAGGGGUCUACAUUACUUCCAUCAGCUCUUACAAGAAGACAAAGUAUUGCCAAUUCAUUUCAAAAAAUUGUCAAUCCAUUAUUGAAUGAUUUGACAGUAUUAGAACCAAUUAGAAACACUUCUUCAAUUACUCUUGGAUUAUUUGAACAUUUUGUUUCUCUCAGUUGGUCUAGAAUUCACUCGAUUUAUGAUUACAGAAUCAAGACAGAUCGUUCAUGUUUUGUUCCAUUGGGUGAUAUUAUUAACUUUUCAAAGACUGGUGCAAAUGUAAUUUCUUACACUGACAAGAAGACCAAUGAGCUCAUUUUCAAAACAUCAAAGAGAGUCAAAGCUGGAAAUCAACUUUUUGUAAAGUAUGGAAAAUUAACUCCAACACUGAAUCAUAUUCUCAUGAUGGAUUAUGGUUUUUGUCCAUUGGAUGAUCCAGAAAUUGAGUUUUUGAAUAAUACUAUCACUGUUAUUGAUAUGAGAGAAUCUGUAAUGAGGAGAAUGUCCACUGUCGAUAAGAAGCUCAACAAUCAAAGAGUGCGUUUACUCUCAAUGACCUCCCUUGAUGAAUAUCAUCUCACACAAACUCUCUACUAUAAUGAUGAUAGCUUUAAUUUAGUAGAACAUACUCUCAGUGAAAUAUUUGAUCCGAAUAUUAUUGCCAUUAUGAGAAUAUUGAGCUGUGAUUCAGUGGAAAUUAAGGCCCUCUCUGAUAUUGCCAAUUCAUUAGCACCAUUGGAUCAGAAGAGAGACAUGAUUGCUAAAAUCCUAAUCAACCCAAUUUCGGAUAGAAAUGAAAAGAUUGUCAUUGAAACAAUUAGAGGACUCAUCAAACAAAGAUUGGAUAAUAUUAUUGAAAUGAUACAAGAAAAUGAAUCAAUACUAGGAAAAAGACUUCCUGUGACCAUGUCUCAGAAAUGUGCUGUCAGAUACAUUCAAUCAGAAAAGAAAAUCCUUGAAAUUUACCUCAAAAUCCUUACACCAACAACUCGUAAGGAUGAAUUGUAA